GUUCCGGGCUGCUCUGCCUUGCGGGCUUGCUUGCCUUUCCUUUCGCUGUCAGACCCAUUAAAAGCGAGGCUCCGGUGGUUUUGCCUUUGUGUUACCGGCUAUGCAAUUUCACCGUCGAUUCGCGACACUUUCCGGAGGAUCGCUGCCUGUGCACCGUGGUCAUAUAGCCAGUUUAAUAUUGAAAUAUGAUCGAUAUAAUUCGGGUGCAAUAUCGAUCCUUUUACGCAGCGCUGACAGCCGGCCGGCAGGGUCCGGUGCCGUAUGCUUUGGUGCCUGAUCCGAUCGCUCGCAGUCUUGCUGGACAUUCAGUUAAUAUAGUCUGUGGUUUGUGUCAUUGCGUCCUCGGACGGGGUUGGUAGGUUGAUCGAGUAACCAGCGGCGGCGGGGCCCUGGCUGAGGGCAUGGGGUACGUAGCCCGGAGCCGGCGAACCACCGCGCUGCAGCCUGUUAACAAUCAGCAGAUGGACAGUGUCCCAGCGAAGAAAUACCAACUACCACUGGCCCGCUGAAAUAUUUAACAAGUUGUUUUAAUAGAUAAGUCCUUUCUGCUGUGUAACCCUGUUUUCCACCUAAUACCAAACUUAUUUUUGUUAUUCCCCCUGACCAGCACAGUCUUACAGCUGCGUUUCUAAUUAUAAUUGAAGUAAAUGAGACACUUACUUGAUCAUUUAAAUUUAAUAUAUAUUUUAAAUGUUUCUAAGUUUAUUUCUUUUUUACAGUUUGUUUUCGACAGACAUUAAAGCAGUCCCUGCUGACUUUUCUAUAAACAAUCGCGUCCUGCUUAAAAAUAGUGAAUAAUAAAUUGAUGAUGUAAAACGUUUGCUCGGGGUCUGUCUUGCUUAAUUAAUGUAGCCUAUUGUUUGCACUAAUCUGCAAGGUGCUUUGGUAGAAAAUUAGUUUUCAAUUCUCAUAAAUGGAAACUUCUUAACUAUUAAAACAUCAUUUAUAUACAUAUAGGCCUACAUAAACUAUAUGUAUAUUAACUGUUUGCCUUUUUGCAAGAUUUCAGAUAUUGUCGCGGCAGAAUGUCAGCAGGUGGUUAUCUGAAAGUAGAGUUAUACUGACCAAGAAACUAUGAAUGUAUAAAUUAAAAACCGUCAUCUUUCAGUGUCCAUGACUAAACAGCUUUCUGCAUAUAGCUGUAUGCCCACACCACUUCUGGUGCCAGUUUUUAUUACCAUGCUUGUUUGAUGCGCGUUUUGAUAUUUCACAGUAGCAUGUUUAGUUACGUUUUAAGAAAGCCGCUUCGCAGAGCUGGUUCACCAAUGGUGUUAAUGCGUAUCGUGUACGUGUCACUUGUGAUCAGGACUGUUGGAUUUGCUUGUGUUUUUCCUACAGUAUAGAUUAAGCGGUAGUAUCGAUUGGGGAGUCUGUCUUGCUUUCUCAGGUUCUGUCCAGAGAAUUGGCUUCCUAGGAAGGAUAAUCUAAUUGAUUGUGUGUCUGUGGCAUAUUGCUAUGUCGGAUAACAGACAGCUGGGCACAAACGGGACUGUCACCGUGCUGUAAGACGAACCAGGCGGUGUGACAGUAGGAGUCUGGGUCCGCUUUGGUUCCUUUUUGACGUCACCGCUGAAACUCUCCCAGCCUAUCCAUGUGUUCAUUAUCGUUCAUUUCCAGUACACCUGAUGUAACUAAUUAUGAACCUGGAGAUUACUUCAUUAGUUUAAUUACCUGGCGGUGGAACAGAGCAAAUAUAUGGAACAGGUGUGGGUCCUGAGGGGGGGAUAGGGGGGCACUGGUGAAUAUGUUUGACGGUUAUGUUGUAAUAUCCAAGUGUGAAAUUUCCUCUUUGACAUCUUUCUCUUGAUUGGCUGUCUUUUUGUGCACAGGGACUUGCAUGAUGAGCCACCUGGCGUGUGACACACAGUGUGGCUGUGGUUUAGGCGGAUUUCCCAACCCAGUUCAUAGCUACCUGUCAAUACACUGUCCUGUUUCUCCACUUGAGAUCUGAAAGCAGGUCGGAUCAGCCUGAGAGAUACAUUGCAUUACCGCACUCUUCCAGUGAGAUGCCCUGGGACCUGUGUGCUCCCCGCUGCACAAAUCUGAGUCCCUUGCGCAGAACAGCCCUGAAUGAUUUGGGAGGUGAAUGUUGUCUCUAGACCACUUGGGACUCGAAGUGAUUGUUUUGGCUGUAUUUUGAAAGGCUUUUACGAAAACAAGACUUGUCAUAUGUGGUAGGGGAUCGAUCCGUGCAUAAAUGCCAGCAGAUGUUAUUAAAUUUGUUCUGCUGAAAUAUACUACAACAAUGACAAGAAAAUCCCACAUGCAAGAUAUGCCUGACUGGGAUUUCAUGUUGUGAUGUUUGGUCUGCCUCUUCAGAUGUGUUUUUGCAGACACAGAACGAUUUUCAAAGGCUGAGCUGCAAAUCCCAAACAGGCAUGGCGUUAAUGAAUGAGCCUCCAAAUGACUGUCACCGUUGAUGCAAUCUAUCCUUCAUGAAGUGAUCCGUUCCUCUUCUUUAAUACUCUAAAUGCAAAGAAGUCAGUAAGACAUUCUCCGCGUCCCCUGUUACUUUAACAGUGGAUAAGCUGUAGCAGAGAUGAUGUUUACAUCCGUAGUUAAUGUUGGAAACCUGUAAGCUUGACCUUCCAGCACCAGGCUCUGCAGAAGGUCUGCUCUCACCUCUGUGUUCCACCAAAAUCCUGGCCAACUAUUUAUGUUUUUCUUACUUAAAAAUAAAAAUUCACCCUAAAACUUAUUUUGUUAGUGCCCUGUACCCAAACCCUGACAGGUCCUAAAUAUUACAGGAUGCCUAUAGGAUAGUAGGAGACCAAACUCCUUCAUUCAUAAGCAGUGGGCAUGUCGGACCAAGCAUAGGAUGGUGUUUUUGCAUAUGGGGUUAGCAUUUAUUAGUUCUUACGGCGCCCCCUUCAGGCCGUGUCUAGAACAGAGACAUAAGCCAGUUCCCAAAGCCCAAGUACCGGUCCUCCCAAUCUACAAACUGGAAGGACUCUAAAAGUUGAUUGAAAGUUCUUCACAUCUCUGAGAAAUACUUCCCAAUCUUCAGCUGAUAAAGGGUUCUGUGCAUGAUGACUUUUCCAUGUUUUCUUGGCCUGAAGACCACAGUCUCAUUAGGAUUUUCGCUUCCCACAAAGGAACAAUGCGUUGGAUGUCAUCAGACGGCCGAUACAUUGUAACACGCCAGAACCUCCUUGGAGACAGAGCUGGUCUGGGGUAGAUCCAGCUCUUCAAAACAUGAUGUGGUUGUGUACCCACAUAAAAGACACACUGUUCUGAAGCAGUUUAUUAAUUAAAGUCUAGGGAGAAACAAAAACAGAUUAGGCUCUGUUAUGGCAGGCAUCACCGUUUGCAUGUGGUUUGGCUUAAAGCCCUUAUUACCGACCCCCCCUGGGCACUUUAUGGAUUUCUCAAUAUGAGCAAUAAAAUGUACUUUUAAUAUGUGACUUGACUCAAUUCCUUAGCCAUGAUGUCGUUUUUAAAACGGUUUUUAUGUGCAGUUUUGCAUCCUCAUUGAAAUCCACUGGGUACUGUUUGAAGAUGGGCUUUUGUCAAGAUCGUUUAGCUCGCGCGGGGGGGGGGGGUUGAAAAUGCAAGCAGCUAAUCGACUUGAGAAGGUGAAUUAUUUACACAGUGGAAUGUAUCUUUGGGGUCUAGUCCUGAUCUUUAACGAGAGAAUGUGGGAUUUUGUGGUUGUCCGUGCGCCUGUAUGUGUCUGCCCACUUACGGAAUGGGGAUUUCUUGCCUUGCGUGUUUUACCUGUAGGUGCACUGCUAGAGAUUUUGGGUUCCCUGACCCAGACCAAUCCAGUUAUGUUCUAAAUUUGUAGGACCCCUGUCACUCAGAGGCCCUUAGAAUCGUCCUAACAUUAUGGCCCCCCUGCUAACAGGUUUCAGGUCUAGAUGCUUGACCGUGUCUGUAUAGAUGGUGCACUCUGGUCCACCUACUGUAGGCCCCCUUCCCCUUUUCCAUCUCCUGCUCCUCCCAGGUGUCAGCUUGUGGUCUGUUCUGGAGUGUGUGACUGCCCCCUGCUGACCGGAGGAGCUGUGUCCUGCUGGAAGCUCCACCAUGAACAAUAAGGAGAGUCCACCAGAGCGUGAUGAGAGAGCCAGUCGCCGUCCUGAUAGUAAGAGCCAGGUGAAGGUGUUUCUGCCCAAGAAGCUUCUGGAAUGCCUUCCCUGCGGCUCUGCGCUGCCCAAAGAGAGACUGCAAUGGAACACGAAUGAGGAAAUCGCGUCCUACCUGAUCUCCUUCGACAGGCAUGAGGAAUGGCUCUCCUGCACGCUCAAGACCAGGCCCAUCAAUGGAUCCAUGAUACUUUACAACAGGAAGAAAGUGAAGUACCGGAAGGACGGGUAUUGCUGGAAGAAGAGGAAAGAUGGGAAGACGACAAGAGAAGAUCACAUGAAACUGAAGGUGCAUGGCAUUGAGUGUCUGUACGGCUGCUACGUCCAUUCCUCCGUAGUCCCCACAUUCCACAGGAGGAGCUACUGGCUGCUUCAGAACCCGGACAUGGUGCUGGUGCACUACCUGAAUGUGCUCUUCCUGGAGGAUUGUGGGACGGCUUUGCCCUGCACGCCUGCGGACUGGCGGGACAGUCCUCGCUGGACCCAGCAAGAGCUCCUCUUCCAGCUCAAACCCAUGUUCCACGGUGUCAGGUGGUCCUGCAGUAACAGAGGUAGGCAGAACGAGGUCUCCGUCGAGCGGCUGGCACAGAGCAUCCUGGACAGUCAGCAGACCAAACCCAAACCCCGCACUCAUGCCUGCCUCUGCAGCCCCGCGACGGCGGGGGCCAACAUUCCUCACUGCUGCAACGGCACCAAGCACCGCAUCAUCUCCCCAAAGCUUCCGGCCCGACCCGCCACCCACCCGGGCCCGACGGGCAUCCGAAACCUGGCGUCGGCCGCAGGGGGCGGCCCAGGGAGCAGGGGCAAGGCGGGGGCAAGUGGUGGCAUAGAGGGAGGUAUAAAGCGCUCAACGCCUGCUGCCCAGGUGGGGGGUGCCCGGAAUCUGCCAGCGAAGGUGGGGCUCAGCGCCAACCCCCCCCUGCGCCGGACUGACGCCUCCAUAAACAUCAGGGGGAGUCACAGCCGCGGUGUUCCUAGCGACCAUCGCGAUUUAGCCACCGUGGGCGUGCCUCAGAGUGCGGUGAUCGUCAUGACAACUAUCAGCAGCGGGGACGAGCCCAAGGGCGAGCCCACCUUCAGUGGUCCCGGCGGUGUCCCCUCCCACCUGUCACUCACCUCCUCUGCUCACCUGCUGCUCCCCCCUAACUCCCCUCCCCGGGAAGUUGCCUCCCCAUCUCUCACCUCCUCCAAAUCCUCUGCAGCUUCCUCUGUAAACCUCAUCCCCCUGCCAGUGGGAGGCGCUGGUGCACCUGGAUGGCCCCCUCCCUCAGAGGCCAUUUCCCCCACGCUCCGCCUGACGCUGCUCCCCAGCCCUGUAAUCAGGGGCCUCAUCUUGACUAACAGGCUGAUAUCAGGGUCUGACUCCCCUGGCUCCGCCCUGCCUCCUCCAACCUCCUCACCAUCCCACUCAUGUCCUCCCCAGAAGUCCCCUCCUCCCCCUGCAGCUCCUCUUCCUCCUCUUCCACCUCCCACAGCUCUCCUUUUUGAUCCCGACUCCUUUCUCAACAGCCCCCGGCGAGGGCAGACAUACGGGGGCCCCUCCCAGGCUACCUCCUGCUCCUCCGACUCCUUCUCCCCCUCCUCCUCUGUGUCCUCCCUGUCCCCCUCUUCUGCCCUGUCCUCCCUCUCAUCGGAAACGGAAAGCAGGAGAAACUCGCUGCCUGAGCCUUGUCCCCGGGCCACCCCCUCCGGUUCCUCUCCUCUCUCUCCUUCCCUGUCUCUCCCUCUGUCUCCUUCCACACCCUCUCUCCUGCCACUGUGCCUGGACUCUGCCCUGGGACUGGAUACCUUGGAUGUGCUGGCAUCCAGUGAUGUAGAGAGAGAUGACCACCAGCAGGGGGCCCUGCCGGCCGCACCGCCCCCUCCCAGCUCGAAGGGCAUGUGUCCCCCAUGCCUCCGGCCUCCUUCUGGACUCAUCCCAAGCCCUGUGAUUGGCCAGCUGCCCCCACCUGAUCCGGACUCCGCGGUUCCGCGGCCAGCACUGACCUGGCAUGCAGAGGGAACCUCGCAGCAUCUCUGGCUGCGGUGCAUCUUGCCUGGAAACUCGGUACAAGACGGUCAACACUCACCAUGGCAACCGCAGCUGAGUUCUGCCCCGGAGCUGAGCCUCGCGCACUCGUCCCCGUCACCAGGAUCACUCCAGUCGGAGUGCCACAUGCUAGAGAACAGCCGCAAGGGUAGGCCUUCCCCAAACCCUUGUGCCCCAGUGAAAGGGGAGCACUCCCGCUGUUCCUCCUCUUCCUCCUCUUCCUCCCCCAGCCUUGAUCGCCACAAGGCAGAGGAGACCCCGAUGGAUACCAACAGCUGUGGGGAGAGUAGCCACACCCAUGCAUUAGAGGGCCAGGACGUUUUGGCCGCACUCACCGUUCUGGAAGGUUCCAACACUGAGCUUCCCUUCGACAGCCACUUCCCAGACCUGAUUUCUCCACUGGUGGGUGAAGACAGAUUGCAUGACGGGGAGCCAGACAGGGCGGGCCCCAUGAACUCGUGCCCUCCACCUCCCUGUCCGACUGGGCUGCACUCUGCGGCGCCCCCGCUGGCUGUCUCCCUUUCGCCCUUGCAUUCCCGGGUGUCCCUGGGGGCAGAAGCGGGACGCCUCAGCACCAUUACAGACUUCUCCCCUGAGUGGUCCUACCCGGAGGGUGGAGUUAAGGUGUUGAUAACGGGGCCGUGGACGGAAAUGACAGGACGGUAUUCCUGCGUGUUUGACCAGAGUGCUGUCUCUGCAUCUCUCAUCCAGCCAGGAGUGCUGCGCUGCUACUGUCCAACUCACGAGGCCGGGCUGGUCACGCUGCACGUCCUGCAGGACACGGAUGUGCUCUCAUCCUCUGUGCUGUUUGAGUAUCGCGCCCGCAGCACCUCCUCUCAGCCCAGCUCGCAGCCGGACUGGCUUUCCCUGGAUGAUAACCAGUUCCGCAUGUCCAUCCUGGAGCGCCUGGAGCAGAUGGAGAAGAGGAUGGCCGAGAUGACGACCGCUGGCUGCCGGCAACAGACCCCAGGGGGCCCUCAGGGGGGCUCACGACGGAUCCCAAUGCCGCCAGACCCCGGGGAAAGGACUGGGGUGGCCACUGGGGUAGGGGAGCAGACCCGGUCACAGUCAGGGUCCUGUUUUGAGCAGAGGAUUGUGGGAGUAUGUGAGAGGAUGAUGGCAGGGGGCCGCUGGGGUGGGGGCAGCGAGAAGCUGCUUCAUUCAGUGCGACACCGUGGGAUGACCCUGCUUCACCUCGCUGCUGCCCAAGGAUAUACCCAGCUCAUUCACACCCUCAUACACUGGAGGAGUGUGAACUCAGACAGUCUGGACCUGGAGCAGGAGGUGGAUCCCCUCAAUGUAGACCACUUCUCCUGCACACCCCUGAUGUGGGCUUGCGCUCUUGGCCACCAGGGGGCAGCAGUCCUCCUGUAUCGCUGGAACAGUGUGGCGCUGGGCAUCCCGGACUCCUUGGGGAGGCUGCCCCUGGCUGUGGCACGCUCGAGGGGCCACACCCGCCUUGCCUGCUUCCUGGAGGAGCUUCACUCGCAGGUCAGGGAGACCACAGACCCUGCCCAGGACCCAGGGCCCAACUUGAGCCACAGCAGCACCCAGGCCCAGCUGCCCCUGCCAGUGCUCCCCCCCUCCCCCCUGUCAACCAGCCCUGACACCGGUCUCAGCUCCUCCAGCAGCCUUGCAUCCCCCAGCGACCCCCCCUCCCUGUCCCCAAGCUCCGCCUACUCCAGCGGCUCCGUGCCCCAGGGCUCUCCCCUCUACAACUCGCCUAACCCCAUAGAUACCUUGGACGCCUCUCAGCCCACCCCCUCGUCCCCUGCCACACCCCUAGCCCUGCCCAUGUGGGGGGACGCUUACGAAGCCAGUCGGGCUAAAGAGAGUGCCCCCCCAAUGGAGUACGAGCUGGCCCGCAGCCCCUCCCCACCGGCAAGCCCCCAGAACAGCCGACACUCUCGCUUUGAGGCGGAGCUGCUCAGCUACAGCGAGAACACAGAGAAUGAGGAAUACGUGGAGGACCUGCAGGUUGACAUGGCGAUGCUGGCGGAGCAGAUAAUCGAGGCCACGCCUGAGCGAAUCAAGCAGGAAGAGGUUCCUUGGGGGGCGGAGUCUCCGCUGAGGGAAAGGAGGGACAACCCCGCCAUCCAUGACACCCUGCCCUGGCUGGCCACCUACCUGGACACAGUGGACAACAUGCCAGUCCCUCCUCGGUGUGCGUGCUGCAAGGCCCCUGUCUCGCGGCCCCCACAGCCCCCGUCGCCCCUGGGCUCCCUGGCCCUCCAGCACCUGCGCCCCCCCGGCAGUGCCACCUGGGCGGAGUUCCUGAACGCCUCAAGCAGCGGCCAUGUGGAGCAGGAGUUCGCGCUGCUGACGCUGAGCGACGGCGAGCAGAGGGAGCUGUACGAGGCGGCGCGCGUCAUCCAGACCGCCUUCCACAGAUACAAGGGCCGGCGUUUGAAGGAGCAGCAGGACAGGGCUGCGGCCGUCAUCCAGAGAUGUUACCGGAAGUACAAGCAGCUAACAUGGAUAGCGCUGAAGUACGCCCUGUACAAGAAGAUGACGCAGGCGGCCAUCUUGAUCCAGAGCAAGUUCCGCAGCUACUACGAGCAGAAGAAGUUCCAGCAGUCGCGGCGGGCGGCCGUGCUCAUCCAGCAGUGCUACCGCAGCUACAAGGGCUACGAGCGGCUCAAGCAGGGAUCCCGAGGACCGAGCGCCCUCAACCCCAAGAUCAAGGGAUCAUUCCUGACCAAGAAGCAGGAUCAGGCAGCUCGCAAGAUCAUGAGAUUCCUCCGACGCUGUCGCCACCGGAUCAAGGAGCUGAAGCAGAGCAAGGAGUUGGAGAGAAUGCAGAAGAGAGGCCUUACUACUUAGUAACACACCCACACACACACACACACACACACACGUGCAGAGGCCUUAAUAUUUUAUCACACACAUUCAUAGAGGCCUUACUACUUAGGAUAGCGUACAACUAUACAUCGGGGCCUUAGCAAUUACUGAUCUGACAUACGUACGCAUUCACUCACACACACAUACAUACAGUCUACAUCCGGGCUCUCAAAGUACUGGCCCACAGAGCGGAACCGAGCCCCGAGAUGGUAUUAUAUGGUCCGAGACAUGUGAUUCAUUCUUUAUUAAAUCCGGCCAGCAGAUCAAUCGAUCAUUUUCCACAGAGUAUAUAAAACGAUAUAGUGACACUCUGCAAAUCACCACUGCUGUCAGGGCCCCCCCCCCCCCACACACACACACACACCCGUCAGGACGGGUUUCACCGCCCACACCCACUCUCCACCAGGGCUGUGCCGAGUCUGUCCUAGUUUCUGCUUACCAUCUGUAAUGGUGACUACAAACACUCCACAACUGGAGUAACUCAACGUGUUGAAUUUGGUCAUUAGUCCUCAGAAAUGCUAAUCAGCAUUCAGGAAUGUUGUAUAAAAUGUUAGAACAACAAUUGUAUUCCUUAAUUUCAAAAUCUAAUCUAAUGACUUAAAAUAUUUUUAAAUGUUUUACCAAACUUGGAGCAAAUUGCAUAAUUUCCAUUGUUCCUUACUUUGCCUUUCUAUUUUUAACGGUUCUUCUGUACAGUCUAGUGCGUUUUAAUUGCGCACUAGCUAAAUUUUAAGGGUGGUCUGCAGUCCCCGAAUGCCCCUGAGCUAAGAGCCAAAUCACAAUCACUGCCGUGCCGUAAAGACCCGGAAUGCGUGUAAUCGAGGCUGAUGAAACUCCAGCGGAAUUAUUAUUCGGAGCACUCAAGAUCCAGCAGGAUUUAUGGACCAACCAGAGCCAAACUUAUUUCGAGACCCAUUUUUCAUCCGUUUUAUCAGCCGAUAAGCGCGUGAGAUGCCAGUUCUUGAGGUGGACUGGAGACACCUAGCGAUUCCCGUCCGCCUAAGGCGGAGAGAUAACGCCCUUUUGGGCGACUCGCGAAAACGCGUUAACGGUGUGGCUGCCGUCAAAUACUUACAAAAUGGAAAAUUAUAUCACAGUUUCACUAUAACAGUGCCGUAGUGAAGAAUUGUUUUUAGAGAAUCUGCUUUUAAUGGAUUAGAUGCUCCUUCCAUUUUAAUACUUUCGCCAGCUUACAUUUAACACCUAGAGUUUAAAAAGGAGUUAAUUUGUUCUUUUCCAGUUUGUUUUUGUGAUUUUUUGUGAAUAUAGCCUAUAACAGUACUUAAAAAUAACCAGUAAUUAAAUUAUGGUAUUUCAGAGAUUCGAUGCUAAUUCUCUAGGGUGUUUUUUUAAUUGUACUGAAAAUGACAGAGAUUUGGUCUAAAAUGGCAUAUUCAGUUGUUUACCUUUUUUUUAAAUCAUGACAGAGUUGUAACGUUACUAAAAUAUAAACUGGAAUGGUAAUUUAAAAAAACGUAGCCCCGGCAUUUCCGCUAGUUUACUAAUUACCAAUUUAGAAUUUCCCCGUGGUGUGAAUUCAGCUUAGUUUUACAAUCAAUAAAUGUAUUAUAAUCUGGUUUAUAAUCCGUGCAUAGGAGAAUCUUGGAAAUAUUCAGUCAAAAAUGAGAAAUAGUGUUGUAUUGUAGAUAGUAGUUGGACAUAAUGAUUGUAUCAGAACUGAAAUAUAACCAACAUGCAUUAAAUGUAAAUAGGCCUACCGUUUUAAAAACCGAUGGUAUAUUUAAUAUACUAAACGUGGUCGCACGGCUUGGUUUCAUAGCACUGAUUAUACCGGUGAUUCGUGGUUUUUCCGAACGAGAAUCCGCUUUUACGUGGCUUUUCGUUUGGUUUGUACAGCCGGCAAAUAUCUAUAUAUUUUACUGCUACUAUAUGAAUAUUUAUGACGCAUAGUUAAUUUUUUCUUUGUUUAGUUAUUUUCCCCAAUACUACCGAUUUGUUUAUUGACUUUUUCGUAGACGUCUAAGUUGUUUAAAAAUUAUAAUAAAUACUUACUGAAUAUUAUCUUCCUUUUUGUCACGUGUCAGCUUUCAAAGUGAAUGGCAUGCUGCCCAUUUUUGGUUCUCUGUUACCGAAUACCAUUACGAUGUUUCAUUUAUUUGGUUUCCUGUGAUCUGUGAAACUUUUUUUUUCAUUCUUAAACAGAAGAGGGUCGACAGUGACGGUGACAUAUGAAAAACCUAAUAAACAUGCUGUCAUUUCUGGGAUGCAGUGAGUGAAUUUAAUAAGAGUCCCCCGCUCAUCCCAGCGGACUGAUCGCGCUAUAUGGCCAGGCCGCGUUAUCCUGGGAUUCCCCCCGGUCAUGCUCCAAUAUCCAACCGGCAAACAAGAAACAGACCCUUCCGACAGUAUGUGCUGUCACUCUCACGUUUUUUUCCCCAACGAAUGCUGCUUGUAAAUAAAGUAUUGCCAUGCCACGA